CAUUACACUUUGCCAGUAACACUUUAGAAGUAGCUAGUAAAAAUGUCUAAGCAACUUUUCGCGAUUGUGUUUCUUGCAUUAAUUUCAAUUUCUUAUUCACAAUACAUCUCUCGAGGUCAAUGUGAAGACAGAAAAAUAAAACCAGUAAAAAAUUACCUAGGAAUUAAUUCAUAUUCAUUUGCUGGUCUUUUAAGAAGAUGGUUUACAGUAUUUACUUUCAACAUAGCGGCCGACUGCCAGGUAAUAAGCUAUAGAAAUAUCGGGAAAUACUAUAAUGAGUCGGAAUACACUUUGACCCAAAAAGAUGUAAUAAAUGAUAAAUGGCUUCCCGGAUCCAAUGGUGUAGCAACAUCCGCCAGUGAUAAUGGUGAAGGGAUUAUAAAUGUAAAACCCAAUAAUGCUACCGAUUCAGUGCAAUUUAAAAUUCUUGCGUUCGAUAGCACUUCCUAUACCGUCGAUUACAAUUGCGUCAACAUAGACAGCAACUACAGAAGAGAAAUACUAUACGCGAGGACCAGGUACAGAAGUUACACAGAAAAGGAAGCUAAACUAAUUGAUGAAGUCCUUAAAGAGAACGGCUUGGCCGAUAUAGAACGAACAUACAUCUAUCAGGAGGUAAUACCCUGCUUAUAGUAAAAAACAGUUAGAUUCAUGAUUUAAUAAUAAAUCUGUUGGCAAUGUGA